AUGUCUGUGGAUACCCCGACUUCCAAUGGAUAUGAUCGUCGUAAGAGUAGUGUCGCUCCGAUGGUCCCAAAAAAAGAAAAUCUGCUGACAAAAGAGUCCUUGGAGAAGAUGUUGGCCGAUCCCCAAUGCAAUUCCCUGUUCUACGAUCAGUUUGGCCAUGGGGAUAACCAAAAUUGGUUCAGAUCCAUCCAUUACAGUCCAACUGGCCAGAGGGAAAACGCGAUCAAACAGGAUUUUAUUAUUUGUCAGCGUUGCGAUCGACUUCUGAAUAACUCCAGUGGUGGGGGAACGCACUUCACGUAAGUCUAGAAGUAUCAGUGCGACUAUAUUGCAUCUAUCUAUAGAUCCGCUAAUGAAAUUAGUAUUGAAAAGGAAUAAAGUGGAAAUCCUUGUAGAACGAACUCCCGUGCAACGGGAGGUUUCUUCAGAUACGUUCUACGGAGUUGUGACAGUAUUUCUUUGCAGAAAUCAUCGGAAAUACGCGUGUCCCUCAAUCAAAGAUGGGAAUUUCCUGGUGACCAAAAGAGAGCGGCCUCGCUUGCAAUCGGUCAGUCGAUCUUUAACACCAAUCAGAAUCGCCGACAAGGCCAAAGAAGAGAAGGAAAAACCCAAACCACCAACUUAUCUUGCCCUAGAUGAUAAUCAAAAGAAACUCUUCCUAGAUGCCCUCAAAUUCUUCAAAAACUCGUUCGAAUGGUCAGCCGAGAUGAUGGAAUGUCAGGAGUUUUCCCAUUUCGUCGACGAAGUAUUCAAAUUAGGGUUAGUUUAUAUAAAAUUGCUUGUAUUUUUAAGUUGACGGCUACUGUAACAUAACUUUUGCCAUUUUUCCGGCAUUUCAGAUACUCCUAUCGCUGUCGAGUGGCUGUAAAUGAGAUAAACAGAAAUCCACCGCCUAAAAUAACAUCUGUUCAUGGGAGAAUUAAAGCUGAUGAGCUGACGGACAGUCUUCAUGAAUUGAAAUGUAAUGGAGAAAGCUUGACAGACAGUCAGAUCAAGAGUCUGGAAGGGAGCACUCAUAAUGUGAGGAGUGUCGACGAGGGAUAUGGAACUUGA